AUGGCUUCCCCUCCGGCGGUAGAAGACCAGGCCCGGCUGCUGGAAGAUGCCCUGCUGGUGGUGAGGCAGCAGACGCAUCUGAUGCGCAAAUGCCUGGAAACCCCUGGGAAGCUUAUGGAUGCUCUCAAAUGCAGCUCUACUUUGGUGUCGGAGCUUCGAACGAGCAGCCUGGGACCGAAACAGUAUUACGAGCUAUACAUGUCUGUUUUCGAUGCUCUCCGACACCUCUCCUCUUACUUGAAAGACUCCCACCCAGUCAAUCACCUUGCAGAUCUAUACGAGCUUGUCCAAUAUGCGGGCAACAUCAUACCUCGACUCUACCUGAUGAUCACGGUCGGAACAGUGUACAUGUCAAUCGAAGAUGCACCCGUUAAGGAGAUUAUGAAGGACAUGAUGGAGAUGAGCAGGGGAGUUCAACAUCCGAUCCGAGGCCUCUUCUUGCGAUAUUACCUCUCUGGACAAGCGCGGGACAACCUCCCAAUGGGCAAUGGAGAUGGACCAGAGGGAAACCUCCAGGACUCGAUCAGCUUCACCCUGACGAAUUUCGUGGAGAUGAACAAGUUAUGGGUUCGGUUGCAGCACCAAGGACACUCGAGGGAGAGGGAGCAGCGGACACAGGAGCGUAAAGAGCUACAGCUGCUCGUGGGCAACAACCUCGUACGAUUGAGCCAGCUGGUGGACUUGGAGACCUACAAGAAUGUUAUUCUGCAACCUUUGCUGGAGCAAGUCGUCCAGUGCCGGGAUGUUCUGGCGCAGGAGUACCUGCUGGAAGUUAUCACGCAGGUAUUCCCGGACGAGUUCCACCUACACACCCUUGACCAGUUCCUAGCUGCGGUCUCCCGGCUGAAUCCACAUGUCAAUGUCAAGGUUAUCGUUAUCGCGCUGAUGGACAGACUUUCUGCGUAUGCUGCGAGGGAAUCAGAGGUGGAUCCCAAGGAAGACCGUGAGAAGCUGGAGCAGGAUGCUAUUGCGAAGUUGCUGGAGGGUGUACGGCUGGGCCAGGAAAAGAAGCCCGUAUCCCCGAAGGAACCAAACGGCGAGCAAUAUCCAGGUGAGACCAAUGGGUCGCCAACGAAAGAGGCUGGGACGGCGGAGCCCGAGAUGCAAGAGGGAUCGGCAAAGCCAGAAACCAACCCAGACUCUGAAAAUGGCACGAAUGGAUCGGAUGAGCCGAAGAGCAGAGGUAUUCCAGAGAAUAUCAAGCUCUAUGAGAUAUUUUUUGAGCAGGUGAUGAACCUAGUUAACGCUCAGCAUCUUCCUAUUCAAGAUACCACAGCCUUACUGGUAUCACUGGUCAAUCUCGCUCUCAAUAUCUACCCGGAACGCCUUGACUAUGUCGACCAAGUUCUGGAUUACGCAAAUUCAAAAGUCAAGCAGCAUGCCAACAGUGCAGACUUGCACUCCCCAGAGGCACAAACGAACAUUCUUAACCUUCUCCUGGCACCUAUGAAAUCCUACGUGUCAAUAUUUACAGCGCUUUCCCUUCCACAAUAUAUCCCGCUCAUCCACUCACAAACCUACUCGUGUCGGAGAGCUGUAGCCGGCGAGGUAGCAAAGAAUCUACAAAGAAAUCUUACCAAUGUCUCGAUACUCUCCCAAUUGGAGUGCGUUCUCGAGACCUUGAAGGUCCUGAUCAAGGAAGGUACACAACAACCUGCCGGGUAUUCUGGUGUUCAACAACGGAAGGCCGUUGAAACGGAUGAGACGGUGGAAGAGCAAGGCUGGCUCGCUCGGAUAGUUCAUCUCAUUCACAGCGAUGAUAACGAAACGCAAUACAAGCUUCUGCAAGCAACGAGAAAGGCCUAUGCUGAGGGAAACGAACGUGUAAAGUUCACAACACCGGCUCUGAUCACUUCGGCGCAGAAGCUGGCUAGACGGUACAAAGCGAGAGAGCACUACGAUGACAACUGGGAGUCACAGUCAUCAGCUAUAUACAAGUUCAUGCAUUCAUCCCUAUCAACACUGUAUACCCGCGUGCCCAGCUCUGCCGAGCUCUGUUUACGUCUGUUCGUCACAUGUGGUCAGAUUGCUGAUCAGAACGGAGCGGAGGAAGUCAGCUACGAGUUCUUCGCACAAGCCUUCACUAUAUAUGAAGAGGCGAUCAGCGAUUCGAGAGCUCAAUUCCAAGCUGUCUGCAUUAUUGCUGGUGCAUUGCAUGAAGUCCGGAACUUUGGCAGAGAGAACUACGAUACCCUGAUCACGAAGUGCGCGCUACACGGUAGCAAGCUUCUCAAGAAGCCGGAUCAAUGUCGAGCUGUGUAUUUGGCAUCUCACUUAUGGUGGGCUGUGCCGAUCGUUGCCAAGGGCGAGACGGAAGAUGACGAGAAGAAGCUCUACCGUGAUGGCAAGAGAGUUUUGGAGUGUCUCCAACGAGCUCUCCGUGUUGCCGAUGCUUGCAUGGAUACGGCUGUUUCAGUUGAGCUUUUCGUCGAGAUUCUGAACCGCUACGUUUACUACUUUGAUCAGCAGAAUGAUGCUGUGACUACGAAAUAUCUCAACGGACUCAUCGAGCUCAUCCACUCCAACCUCCAAACCAACCAGGAAUCCGCCACCAUCGACAUGCCCAAACGCCACUUCCAUCGCACCAUAGAAUACAUUGCAUCGAGAGAGUACGACGGGGUUGUGACAAAUGCAGAGAAGUAG